AUGCUGCAAGCAGAGCCGUUGGCAGUGACCUAUGAGCACAGUGGAGAGGAGACUGCCAGCUCUCGUGUGGAGGGGAAUGAAGCAGAGACGCCGCAUGCGGCUUUGAGGUCCUCGCGCACUCCGCGCGUCUCCGGACCGUCUGGACGCCGCGCUCGGAGCGCAACCUCUCCGGGACCCACGGAGCUCACUGGGCUCACGCUGUCCAAAUCACCGAUAGCUUCACCUCGGCCCCUGCACCGUGCCGUGUCGCGCUCUCCCGAACUGGCGCCGCAGCGCCAGGUGGCCAAUGGCAGGGUGGCCAUGCCUCCACUGCGCCUCAGUGCAAUUGACCCGAAAGAGAUUCGGGCCAAUGGGCUUUGUACGCCCAGAAACCCGCAUGGCUCUAUGAUUCGUGAAGCUCCGCCAUUGCGCUCUGCACGCGGAGAAGCUCCAUCUGCACGUGGAGAAGCUCCAGAUGACAUGCCACGCGACGGACCGCCGGUCCCUGUGGGAGGACGACCGACGGUCCCUGCGGGACGUGAGGAAGAGGCUUGGCGCUUGUAUCUUCAAGGGCUGCCUGCUGUGACGCCCCGAUGCUCCCCUUUGCUCACGGCGCGGCACGAGACGCACGGUUUGAGCCAUUUGGCCGCAUGUACCCCACGGAGCUCGAUGAGCGCACGAGGUGCGACCGGUGUUCCGCCCCCGACGGAACCACAGGCUGUCUCCGUCUUCAUUCGGAAUGUCACGCAACCCUCACCAGAUGAGAAGUGCCAGAAUCGAACAGAAAGGUUUCAGUGCCCUCAAAAGACAUCGAAUGGCACCUGCGGAAUUCCUUCACCACUGUGGAGUGAGUUGGGUUGCAAUGGGACAGCACCGCUUGAAGGACCUGUGUCCAACGGCUCUCGGGAAGAUGAUGUGGCGUCCCCGAGCUCGACCUCCAGCCAGACCUUGGGCGGAGCGCGUUCACAGCUGCAUGCGCUGGUGGCACGGGGUCGGAUUCUGCUCAAGCAGACCACGCAGGAAGUGGUUUGCCGAGAUGACUUGCGCCCUCCAGCGCUGCGAGAGGUGCUCCCCUUGCAUUGCUUCUUGGCUUUGCUUUUUUCCGUCUCCCCAUUGGAAUUCUACCGCUGUUUCAUGCUUGCCCGUGAUGGCAGCAUCACGGAUUCGGCCUCCAUCUUUGUGACCCCGCGUGGUGAUGACUUGUCACACCUGGACGCGCUGGUGCUGGGACCCCCUGACACGCCCUAUGACGCGGCGCUGCUGCAUUUUCAGCUGAAGAUCCUGCCGAGCUACCCGAUGAAUCCGCCCGAGGUUCGUUUUCUCACCACGGACUCGGGCACCUUGCGGCUCCAUCCACAGCUCUAUGCCGAUGGGAAGGUGUGCUUAAGCAUUUUGGGCACCUGGCACGGGCCACGUUGGAGUGCGAGUAGCUCAAUCCGUGCUGUGCUACUCUCAAUCCAGUCCUUGCUGUGUGAGGAUCCCUUGCGCUGCGAGCCUGGCAUGGAGAGCGCCACGGAUGACAAGGUGGAGCUGGCCAACGUCUUUGUGGUCCACGAGUCAGUGAGGGUAGGAAUCCUGUCCAUGCUCGAGAAUGGCCCCAGCUGGGAUGCGCAGGAUGCGGAGGAUCAUGUGCUCACCCUGGCAGCCAGAGCUCAUUUGCCCUCGCGUGUCGACACCCUGUUGUCGCGGCUCAGUCAUUUGGCGACCCGUUUCGAUGGCCAGGUCAUCCGCGAGCCUUUCCUUUUUGGAGCUGACAGCCGACCCAGGAGCUAUGACUUCAGUGGUUUGGCCAAGCGUCUUCAAGUCCAUUUUCCCACCGCGCCUGCGCCAUUGCUGCCAAAGGAGGGUACCACGGCGGGCACGACGGCCACAGGACCGCCACCUGUCCUCCAUGCGGAGGAGGAUCUUUGCUGCCGAAUUUGCCAUCUGACAGCUGAAGAGAGCGACGCGGAGCUCAUUGAGCCCUGCCAAUGUGCGGGAAGCAUCCGCUGCGCUCACUCCAGCUGUCUUAUCGAUUGGCUGAAGCAUACCGGGGCCGCCCAGGCUCGCGAGUGGCGCUGCGACCUCUGUUUGGCAGCCUUCCGGGUGGAAUCCAUGCCUGGUGAGCCUCCAGGUGGCAGGUUGCUCCAGCGGUCCCCGUUGGAGUUCGUGGACUUCCAAGUCUCCUCCGAGUGCUCAGGACUUGUCUCUGUCCUGUUGACCUCCACCAGCCAAACACUCUUCAUGUGUUUGGGCACUGGCGUUGCCAACAUCCUCUACCUCGUGGCCAACAUCGUCCUCUCGCCGGCGGCGCCGGCCGCUUAUGACCUUCUCAAGUGGCCUUUGGCGCUGCCAGCCAUGAUGGUGGACUUGGCGUCCCAGUUUUUGUACGCCAUCCUGGUGGUGAUGAAGGUCUCAAUGCUCGUCUCUGGCUGGAAGUCCAGGCCAGCCGUUUGGUUUGAGGUCCAGGAGCAGUUGCUCAUUUGGGCAGCUGAGAUGUUGACCCUGCUGUGCAACCUGCGUCUUUCAGGGCUGCUAGCGCUCGCCGGUUACUUCACUGGAGACCAUUUGUGCAGGACUUGCCUCGGCAUUAACUCACUCCUGGUCAUCGAGUGGCCUUUGCUGGGCCGUAAGCCGGACAUUUGGUCCUUGACGGGCUUCAUGAUGAGAGCCAACAGCCCAGCACAGAUCCUGAGGAAUGUCGUGGCCAGCUCAUUGAUCUACCAAGCUUUGGGGUUGGUGUCGGCACUGGUGAACCUGGUGACGAUUGUGCUCAUCUUGAAGGCGGCCUUCCUAGAUGCAAGAUGGGUGCCAGUGGCCAUCUUGCCAGCUGAGGGGAAGUUGAAGAAAGCUUGA